AUGGACAGUCUACUGAUCAGCGAUGCGGAACGCUUCUUUAUCAUACAAGGCACAGAAGUUGGUUGCCGACUAGAUGGCCGCGGCGGGAAGGACUACCGGCCUGUCGAGGUUAUGACAGGCAUUCUCAAUCAUUCAGCAGGCUCUGCGAGGGUCAAAUUAGGUGGCACUUCUGUUGUAUCAUGUGUAACAGUCGAAAUCGGUUCCCCGUCCUUUGACCUUCCUCACCAAGGGCGACUUAUGAUCGAUGUAGAAUGUUCUCCUACAGCGACUCCUAAAUUCUCAGGCAAAAGUGGGAGUGAAAUAGCAGAUUCCCUAAAGGCAACACUAUCCUCUGCGUUCACUCCUGACUGUCUUCCUAUUGAGUUGCUGUGUAUUCAACCUGGCAAACAGUGUUGGGUCCUCUACGUAGACCUUCUGCUGUUAGAAAGCGAUGGAAAUAUACUGGAUGCCGCCUCACUUGCCAUAGUCGCUGCCCUUCGAACGCUCAAGUACUUAUACUUCGUUCUUUUCUAG